AUGUCUCAAUCAACCACCACGCCCAUCAAGCAAGCCAAAGCCCCAGCCGCUGCCGGCAGCGAAAAGGACCCCGUCCGCAUGAUCGAGAAACUAGACAUCAAGACCAAAGCCGUGUACGUCUAUCCUUUUGCCUCUCUCAAGUGUCGCCUUGGCCCAAACGGCUGCACAUGUAAACACGAUCUAGCAAACUGUUCCGCUGACCGCCAUUAA